AUGUAUACGAACGAAGAACCGAUAACUGGAUGGGUAAACAUGAUGAAAAGCGUACCUGGCCUAUGUUUGGGUGUGGGUUUGGGAGCUAUACACGUGGUGUACGUGGAUCCGAAAGUUAAUGCAAUAAUCAUACCAGCGGAUAACGUAGCGAAUAUGAUUAUUACUACAGCUCAUCAUGCGUCCAAACCACGUUCAAAUCCUACAAUUCCAGUAUUCAAUCACGUUCCAAACAAUAUGGCACCAUCUUUGACAUAUGGUCAGGGCUUACAUUAUAUCGUAGAACUUUUAUUGGAGAAAAAAAUAUAUUCGGAAAAUCAGGUCUGGAAACCAUAUGUGAUUUUAACAAGUUCAAAAGUAUUGUUUACUUUUUUUUUUUUUUUAUACCAUUAUUUACCGGCAUAUUUUGUUGAUAUGUGUUUGUGGAUUGUUGGAAAAAAACCAAGGGUAACGAAAAUUUACAAAAAAAUAGAAGUCAUGAUGAGAGAUAUGAGCUAUUUCAGUCGCACCGAUUUUAAAUUUGAUGACAAACAAUUAAAAGCUCUCAUAUUGUCACAGAGUGAUGAGGAUAAAAAAUUGUUCAACAUGGACGUAACAAAUAUAAACUGGGAAAAAUAUUUUUUUAAAUCCAUACUUGGAAUCAAAAGAUACAUCUUAAAAGACUCCGAAGAUCCUAAAGCCGGCCAAAAACGACACCAAACAAUUAUGAUGGCUUAUUAUACCUUAUGGAUAAUUAUUUAUGGAAGUCUUUUAUAUUUAUCUUAUGUAUUAUUGAAAAUGGUAUUUCCUAUAAACUAA